GAAAAUCAGACAAUGGUCACAGAAUUCAUCCUUUUGGGAUUUGGACCUGGCCCGUGGAUUCAUAUAAUGCUUUUUGGACUUUGCUCUCUUUUCUAUACCUUCACCUUGCUGGGUAAUGGGGUCAUCCUGGGGCUCAUCUGGCUGGAUCUCAGACUGCACACCCCCAUGUACUUCUUCCUCUCCCACCUUGCCAUUGUUGACAUUGCCUAUGCCUGUAACACGGUGCCCCAGAUGCUGGUGAACCUCCUGGACCCAGCCAAGCCCAUCUCCUUUGCUGGCUGCAUGACACAGACUUUUCUCUUUUUGACUUUUGGACACACAGAAUGUCUCCUCCUGGUGGCAAUGUCCUAUGAUCGGUUUGUGGCCAUCUGCUACCCCCUCCACUAUUUGGCCAUCAUGGGCUCAAGAAUCUGCAUCACACUGUUGGUGACUUCCUGGACAUGUGGUUCCUUGCUGGCACUGGUCCACGUGAGUCUCAUCCUGAGACUGCCCUUCUGUGGACCACGUAAAAUCAACCACUUCUUCUGCGAACUGUUGUCUGUACUCAAGCUGGCCUGUGCUGAUACCAGGCUCAACCUAGUUGUCAUCUUUGCAGUUUCUGUGUUCAUCUUAGUAGGGCCACUGUGCUUAGUAUUGGUCUCCUACUCACGCAUCCUCAUAGCUAUCCACAGGAUCCAGUCAGGGGAGGGCCGCAGAAAGGCCUUCUUCACCUGCUCCUCCCACCUCUGCGUGGUAGGGCUUUUCUUUGGCAGUGCCAUCUUCAUGUAUAUGGCUCCCAAGUCCCACCAUCCUGAGGAGCAGCAGAAGAUCCUUUUCCUAUUUUACAGUUUUUUCAAUCCCAUGCUAAACCCCCUGAUCUAUAGCUUGAGGAAUACAGAGGUCAAGGGUGCUCUGGGAAGGGUCUUGUGUAAAAAAGUCAUUCUCGAUUGA